AUGGACAUGUUUACCGAUGUGCCACUAGAUAAAGCUGGUAUCGUCUCAACAGUAAUAGAGGGGGUCUUGUAUGGAUUUUCUCUCUUCAUGUUUGGUAUCACACUAUGGGUUUUGCUCUACCGCCGACCAACGAAGACCAUCAAUCGACCCAUGGUUGUCGUCGCGAUAAUGCUCUUCGCGCUCAGUACCACCGUACGCACUUCACUUGAGCUCCAACUGUGCCCUGCUGAAAGAACGAACGAUCAGCAUCUUGGAGUUGACAUCCAUCGAAUUAUUUUAGGAUUAAUCGAUAACAGAAACUAUCCGGGUGGCCCUGCCCUGUGGUUCGCCAAUCCUUCGCAGUCCACGUUUGUCACCAAGAACGUGAUCUAUUAUUUUCAGACCAUGCUGGGUGAUAGUGUAGUCAUAUAUCGCUGUUAUAUGGUCUGGAAAUCCAUCUAUGUAAUCAUAUUUCCCCUUGUCAUGUUAGCUGGGGUUUCAGUUGCAGCCAUUGGGAGUGGUUUGGCUUGUUCACAGGCCGAUCCAUCACAGGGUGGCAUUUUCUUCCAACGAACGGGGCAGUGGAUCACGGCUUUCUAUGCAUCUACAUUGUCCACCAACCUCAUCUCCACAUCCCUCCUCGCAUUUCGAAUUUGGCAGAUCAACUCUCGUGUCCGGAACAAUGGCGGGUCCGGGUCCACUCUCAUGCCUGUACUUCUCAUCGUCAUUGAUGCUGGUCUACUAUACUCUGUCACCCUCCUUUCAGCAUUACUGUGUUUCGUCAACCACUCCAACGGCCAGUACGUUGUCCUUGACCUGGUCAUGCCCAUCAUCUCGAUUGCGUUCUACAUGGUCAUCAUUCGUGUCGGCGUUACGAAGAUCAUCCCUUCACACCAAGGGGAUCCUUCUGGGUUUGGUAGCGUGAUCGGCCAGACGCAGAACCGGGACUACGCGAUGCGACCACUCGAGGUGCACAUCACGCAGCUCACAGAGAGCCAAAAAGACAAAGUCGAUGGACGAAGUGAUAGGUUUUAA